GAGCUGAGUUCGACGGCACUAUCGAUCGCGUGCUGGAGGAGUUUGGGGUGGAGCUGGUGUGUCUGGCUGGAUUCAUGAGGAUCCUCACGGGGACGUUUGUCAAGAAAUGGAACGGAAAGCUGCUGAACAUCCACCCAUCUCUGCUGCCCUCGUUCAAGGGCGUGAACGCCCAGAAGCAGGCUCUGCAGGCUGGGGUGCGGGUUGCAGGCUGCACAGUCCACUUCGUAGCAGAAGAGGUGGACGCCGGCGCCAUCAUCGUGCAGGAGGUGGUGCCGGUGCUGGGCGGCGACACGGAGGAGAGCCUGUCGGACAGGAUCAGAGAAGCCGAGCACCGAGCCUUCCCCGCCGCCAUGGAGCUGGUUGCGAGCAGUGACGUCGGCCUGGGAGACAACGGACGCGUCACAUGGAAGUCGAAGACACACUAACAAAGCAGAAAACACAUUUACUAUCACCCUGUAGAGUUUGGUAGAUA